GCACAUCUCACAUCGAGUCAUCAUCAUGGUAGCAGCAGACAUCCCCUCAACAACCGCCGAACUCCUCUACUUCGAGUCUCCGCCUAAUGGCGAGCGAGCAUACAACCAUAUCAAUGUCGACCCUAAGACAGGGGAGCGUCCUCGAAACUUCACGCAAGCCAAACAUUCCGUCACGAUCGAGAACCUUCGAGGAAAGGAGAACACUGUCUCUCUCGAUACAACUGGGUUCCAGUACUAUCACCACCCAGCCAAGCACACUUCCUUCAAGAACGACGAAGAGAUCGAGAAGGAAUACUAUCCCGAGAGUAUAGAACUCAUCAAGCAAUUGACCGGCGCUUCCAAGGUUGUCUUGUUCGAUCACACCGUCCGCCGCAACCGCCCUGGAGAACUCGACGAUGGUCCUCAGAAGCGACAGCCAGUCGCCCAGGUACACGUCGACCAGACGCCCAAGUCCGCAGUGGACCGCGUCCACCGACACCUCCCUCCUUCCGAAGCCCCAGAGCUCCUGAAGAAACGAUUCCAAAUCAUCAACCUCUGGAGACCCAUCUCUCAUGCUGCAUGGGAUUGGCCUCUCGCUCUCUGUGACUACAGAAGCGUGGAUCCAGAGAAGGAUGCCCUACCUGUCGCCCUCAUCUACCCCGACCGCGAAGGAGAGACAUACGGCAUCAAGUAUAACCCCAAUCAUAAAUGGGUGUACUUGAGGGGGAUGACGCCGGAGGAACUGGUUCUGAUUAAAUGCUUCGAUUCCAAGGAGGAUGUUGCACGAUUCACUCCACAUACCGGGUUCCAAGACCCCGCUACACCCCCAGACGCGCCUCUCAGAGAAUCGAUCGAGCUCCGGGCGCUUGUCUUCUACGAUUGAGCUUAUCUUCUCUUGACGACUUUGCCAUGUACUCCAAGCCAUGAUCGCUCGGAACUCAUUUACUAGUACACAAGUAUACAAUGGGAACACUCGAGGUGAAUUUACCAUG